GUUUUUGUUUAUUUUUAAACGUAAAUAUGACAAACAUGUGGGGGAAAAGUUUGGAGAAUUUUGAAAAGUACGAAUUUGCAAAUGCUAGCAAAUUUUUCAGCACUAAAGGAUGGACUAAAAGGCAAGUAACUAGAGGAUAUAAGUUUUUUACCGAACGUUAUAUCCACAAAGUGUUCACGGCCGGCAAGAAUGUAAAAGCGUGCUGCUAUCGAAGUCAAAAGAAAAAUUUGAAACUUCACAGCCUUUCUAUGUCUUUCCAAGAAGUCGACGAGUUGUUAGAGUUAAUAGAAGCUCAUUGCAGUUGUGAAGCUGGCAACUCGGAAUCAUGCAAUCACGUGGUUGGACUAGCCCAUUACUUGGACGAUUUAAUUCGCAGAGGUUGUACUGUAAUACCCGAUGAUGAAGAGAUGUCUGGUACAUCACUUCACAUGCAGUGGAACAAACCCAGAGGUGCGAAAAUUUUACCGGAAAAAGUGUGCACCUCUGUUUUUGCAAGUCCCAUUAAUACGGAAAGGAAAAAAGAGCCUGUACAAUCGACCUUUAGGUGCCCUUUUUAUAAUGAUGUGUUGAAGGAGGUAACAAAUGAAGAAGUUGGAAAAUUACGCGACAGUUUAGGUCCUGGAAAGUGCUUAACAAGCUUUUUCUAUAUAGCUGGGAACGAAAAUCCGGCUCCUACAGUUUCCCUUUCCAAUGGCAUGUCAGCCCCUCGAGGUUCAGUCCUGGAACUCAUAGAUCAAGGGUUUUCCCAGACAUUAGAGGUGCAGCCUUCUUCAAACGAGCGCAACUUACCUAUUUCCUUACCCAAUUUGCGUUCCGAUGCUGUAAAUAUUUUGCUAAGCUUACCACCUGUGUAUCACAGUAGUUUGGAGGAAAUAACUUUUGAACAUUCCAUUGCCAUCGAAAAAGCUACAAGAAAUCAGUCAAAGUGUAAAAUGUGGAAGGAUUUGCGCCGAUUGCGGUUCACAGCGUCAAAUUUUGGUGCAAUAUGUAAGCGGCGUUUGUUUAACAACCACUUUUUGGAAGGAUACAUUCAAGGACCCAAGGAUAUAUCGAACAUUGGAAGUGUGCGGCAUGGCCUCGAAAAUGAGAAUACUGCCAUACGUUUGUAUUUGUUGCAAAACACAACUGUAAAAUAUUUCAAAUGUGGUCUUGUUGUGCACCCGUAUGCUAGUCACUUAGGAGCUAGUCCAGAUGGUAUACUUUACAAAGAAGGCAAUUGGGGAAUAUUAUAA